CAUAAGGUGAAUGCACCAAUUUGUAAGUCGCUCUGGAUAAGAGCGUCUGCUAAAUGACAUGAAAAUGAACCCAGAGACAACGAAAAUGACCACCUCCAUGCUGCAAACCUUUCUGCAGCCUUGCGAAGCACAUGUGCAUGAAAUGGACAUAUGGUGUAAUGGGAGUUUGAAUCUGAGCUUCUUGUGGGUUAGAGCGGAGACCCCUCAUACUCAUAGUAGACAUCUCUAAUGCUGCGUUUACAUGGUAAGAGGCAGACUGCAAACCGCAUAGCCGGGGGAAGUAGGGGUGCUGAUUGGUGCUGUAGCACCACCUGAAGAAAAAAAAAAUGGUGCACUGGGCCAUUACUAGUCCUGUACUAGUGGACCGAUAUAGACGUCUGUAGCGCAGGCAACAUUCUUUUUUCUGUUAAAAUAUUUUUACUUUUGCCAUAUGCCGUAGCGUUGUUUUCUACCAGAUGUUGAUUUGUGAUGUUUAUUUACUGAAAUCACCAUAGCAACACAUACCAUCGUGCUGGCUUGCUUUUGCUGUUACCGUCUUACUUGCUUUCUUGUCCCACUAUGCCCACUGGUAUGUUUUUUUCGUCCCUCGUCUAAUAGAAUAUACUAUGUAAGUCCACAAGGUGGCGCAGUGCCCCUCUUACAUUCUUUGGGGAGAUCCCUUUAGAUAAGGUUGAAUCUCUGAACAUGGCUAUUUGUCAUAUGCAAUGGGGGCAUACUUAGCUAAGCAUCGUUAUGCCAGUUCAUAAAUUAUAGCUAACUAACGUUAGUUCCCCCUCUAUCAAGCUAUGUUGCUUGCUUGCUAGCUAAGUUUAACCAAGUGGCUAAGGAUGCUUGCCAUAAUACACUGCAGACCAACGGGUCAUGCGUGAACAAUACCUUUGAUUGUUGUGGAUAAUGCAACACUUACACUUCCCUGCCUAUUAGAGCUUCCCAAUAAUUUACUUGCAAUUCUGGGAACAAGUGAGCCCCUCCCUGAUUAGGUUGAAAAUGAAAUUGCAUCAAGCAAACCUAUUUGUCAAUGAACACCAUGUGACCAGACAUAAGCAGAACAUUUCAUUUUACAGCUUGGAAAAUUGGCCCAGGUCACGUUCACCUGUCUGCACUGUAUAUUAUUUAAUUGAUGUAUUUUGGCAUAGUGUUCCCUUUCAAACCAGACUUACCCAUUGGACAGGAAACUGUUGGUUGCGGCAACAAUGUGUUACUGGACGACUCAGUUGCUGCUCUCUUACUAGUGCUCAAAAAAAUGUUUUAAAUAUAUAUAUUUAAAGUGGUCUUGGGCGGUAUCCAGAUUGUCAUACCUUCAUACCAACCUUAUAACAUCCUGGGAUAUUCUGUAAUACUGGCACUGAACACAAGGGGCACUAUUUUCAAACCCCACUGAGCCUCUGAGAUCCGAAGGUUAGCCAUGCUAACAUGUAAAUGUAAAUUCCCAUAGUGAAUGCAAACUAAAUGCUAACGAACGCAUUGCGAACAUUUUAUACUGUCUCUGACCUAAUCUAUUUGCAGGACAGACAUCCCAGCUCAAAGUUAUACAAGUAUCUUAAAAAUGCUACUCAGUUUGCUGCAUGCACAAAACAAAUAUUUGACAGCAAGGCUCUUGAUCCAGGUUGGGAUUCUCUGCUGUUACCAAGCAAAGCUUGAUUUUGCAAGAAGCUAGAUGGCUAACUAGCUACUAAAUUAGCAAACCAAAUGCACACCUGCAGAACAUUUAGCACCUUUUAGACAGUUAACUUAUAAGAUAUCUAGCUGGCAAAAUUCCAUACUGUAACUAGAUCACCUGGCAUGUGCUGCACAUCAGACAGUAAGUGACUCACAAGGCUCCGGUCUCUCGUCGUUGUGUGCUUGUAAACAAAUCCAACGUGACUGAGGACUACUGGUAAUCUUUAUCUCCUAUCGUAUUGCUGAAGUUGACUGCAGGUUUAUUUGGAGAGCCUGACAGUCACCAAUGGCAGCCGCAGUGCCCAAGCUCUCCAGCGGUAGCGUUGUCAAAAUACGCUACAACAGCAUAGACGUGGGCACCACUCGAUGGAAGGAGGGGACCUUUGAGGUUCUUGAGAAAGAUAACAAAGUCAACCUGUGCCUGAAGUUCAAUGCCGGUGGUGCUCUCAAAAGUUUCCAGCUCAACCAUAAUGUGAAGAAAGUCGUGAUGCAGACCAUGCACACUAUGAAACGAAUUGUGGUGUCUCUUAAGGAUGGCAGCGUAGUCACCCUUGAGAGAAUUCCCACUGCUGUGGCUGAGAAAAUGAAAGAAUACCUUGAGAAGCUGAAGCAGGGAAAACCAACAGUUCUAAAGACUUCCCAGGGAAGUGCAAGCUUCAGUGUGCUCGGGAAUCGAUCCGUAAAGAAUGAGAUUAGCCCACCUGGAGAACGACAGACAACACCCAGACGACCCAGUGUGGACAACAGGGAGGAGACGACGCCCCGCAAGCCCCUGGGCAGCCCCAGCAGAGUGACCUCCACACCUUCCCGCAGUGGGCUGUCUGAGAACAGGAUUGAGAAGAGGAAGAGACACCUCACCUCUGACAGUGACCUGACUGAGGACUACCCCAAGGAGAAUGACUCAUCCAGCAACAACAAGACCAUGUCGGACCCCUCCAGGAAGUUUCUGCUGAGCUGCAAAGACAAGCUGAAACAGGCAGAGGAGAACCGCUGCUCAGUUUUAAUGGUCCCAGCGCCACUUCAGCCCACGUCAUUCUACAGCAGCCGAUCAGUGACCAAAGACUACUCCAUGAGUCACUCCUUUCUAGACAGGCCAUCCAGUACAUCCCCGACCACCUCGGCUAAGAGAAGUCUCAUGUUACCCAAUCACUCGACCCCCUUCAAGAAAGUGCGCCCCACGCUGGACUACGGUGGCUGGAACAAGCCGAGACCAUCCACUCUGGCCCAGCCCCAGCCUCCACUGCAAGGAUUCUCCAACCUGGGCAACACAUGUUACAUGAACGCCAUCCUGCAGUCUCUCUUCAGCCUGCCGUCGUUCUCCAAUGACCUGCUGAAGCAGGGAAUCCCAUGGAAGAAGGUCCCCUCCAACGCCUUGCUCAGACGUUUUGCCCACUUGCUGGCCAAGAAGGACAUCUCGUGCCCCGAGGUAAAGAAAGACCUGCUGAGGAGAGUGAAAAGUGCCAUCUCCUCCACGGCCGAGCGCUUCUCUGGAUACAUGCAGAACGACGCCCAUGAGUUCCUGAGCCAGUGCCUGGACCAGCUGAAGGAGGACAUGGAGAAGGUGAACAAGAGCUGGAAGAGCGACUCAGCGGCGUGGGACGAGCCCCCCCAGCAGGCGGCCGCAGUCAGGCCUGGGGAGGAGGCGGACACCUCACGCACCUACACCUGUCCCGUGGUGGUCAACAUGGAGUUUGAGGUGCAGCACACCAUCACCUGCAAAGGCUGUGGAGAAGUGGUGACCAAGCGGGAGCAGUUCAACGACCUGUCCAUUGACCUGCCUCGCAGGAAGAAGACCAUCCCUCUCCGGUCCAUCCAGGACUCUCUGGACCUCUUCUUCAGGAUGGAGGAAAUCGAGUAUUCUUGUGAAAAGUGCAGCAGGAAAGCGGCGACAGUGACUCAUAAAUUCAGCCGACUCCCCAGAGUUCUUAUCCUGCACCUGAAGCGCUACAGCUUCAACGCCCAGCUGUCCUUAAACAGUAAGCUGGGCCAGCAGGUGAUGAUCCCCCGCUACCUCACGCUGCUGUCCCACUGCACAGACACUACGCAGCCCCCCCUUAGCCUGGGCUGGAGCGCACAUGGAACCAUGUCACGAACACUGAAGGCCUCCCAGUUGGUGAACUCCUCCUCACUACUUUGGAAAGUGUCUCUGAAGGCGGGGGGAAGCUCCAGCAGUAUCCUGGUGGACUCUGACAGCGAGGAGGAGCUGAGCCGGAAGGCAGUGAGCCGCAAGCGACGCCUCAGCGACUGUCUGCCUGACGACAGAGCAGAGGAGCGAGGCGUCCAACAUACAGACGCGUCAGACAUCAACGAUGAGGAGAUGCUGGCGGUGGUGCUAGAGAUGAGUCGUCAGGACGCUGGUCUCUCCUGCCCCGCCCCUGAGGACGAGCCAACCAGCAGCCCCGACACGGGCUUCGGCGACGCCGACCCCGACGCCCAGGAGACUAACUACCACCCAGACCUGCUGGAGACAGACACCAAACCGUCUGCAGAUGUGCUAGACUCCCUGGACCUGACCAUGGACGAGAACAAGGAAAACCAGACACCCGAGGGGGUGCAGGGGGAGCUGGACUGGGUGCAGCAGUAUAGCCUGGAGCAGGAGCGGGAGGAGCAGGAGCUGCAGCAAGCUCUGGCCCAGAGCCUGCAGGAGCACGAAGCCCAAGAGAUGAGAGAGGACGACGACCUCAAGAGAGCCACAGAACUCAGCCUGCAAGAGUUCAACAACUCGUUGCCGGAGCUGCUGUGUUCAGACGAGGACUCUGGGAACGAGGAGGUGCUGGACAUGGAGUACAGCGAAGCAGAGGCUGGGGACCUGAAGAGGAAUGCUGAGAGUGGAGAUCUGGCUAAUUCCUUCCGGCUGAUCAGUGUAGUCAGUCACAUCGGGAGCAGCUCCUCCUCUGGCCAUUACAUCAGCGACGUGUACGACAUGAAGAAGCAGUCGUGGCUGACCUACAACGACCUGGACGUGUCGCGCACGCAGGAGGCCACGGUGCAGAGGGACCGCGACCGCAGCGGAUACAUCUUCUUCUACAUGCACAAGGAUGUGUUUGAGGAGCUGUCUGAGCUGGAGAGAAUAGGGGCCAGUGGAGGAGCCUCUGAUGCAGGGAGGACUGUCCUGCAGCCCCUCUGAGCCACCAGUCUGUCAAUCACACACACUCCAACAGCACAGAGCUGUCCCCCAUCAGAUGUCGGGUUUGGGGUGAAAGAGAACCCUUCUCCAGUACUACUGAUCGCCGUCCACAUUUUGCCCUCUUCAGGCACUUUGUCUCUUUUUUAAAACAAAACACAACAGCCCAAGGUAGCUUCUGUCAGGCUCAGACGUCAGCACACAGACAGCCAACAUUCUUCUCUCCAGGUCCAUUCAGAAAUGAGACAUGCAGCGCACUCAAAAUAAAGAAAGAAAAGAGUUUACUAUGUUCUUUGUUUAUUCAACCCUGAGAGAUAUUAGACCUAAACUUUUAUUUUCUGUGAUUUGUUGGAUAACUUGUUGUGAAAUAGUUUUUCUUGGCACACUCGUAUGAUAUUAAAUAUCAUGCAUUUAAGAACUUGGAUAGAAUGUGUCAGAUGCUAGAUGCUGGUGAUCCUUGGAUUGUAUGGUUUCAGACUUAAUUUCCAAUAUAAUCUAUCAAAUCAAGAUGUAUUAUUCUGUGUUGGAAUAAAAGCUAAUUUAAGGUUGGAGUACUUUUUUCUUCUAUAUGCAGCAGAUACAUGUGAAAUAUUUAUUUUGUGGCAUGGAUUUGCCAAUUCUGCUUAUAUUUGUAUUCUGUUCUAGAGUUGGUUGAGGAUGGUUUUUUUUCUCAUUUCUUGCAAUGCUUUACUUAUGGACUGUUUGUUGCUGUUUUAUUAAUGUUUUAUCAAUAUUACCUUGACAAGCUAAACAUUAAUAAAGUAGCUUGUUUUUUUAUAAGCUUAAGCUCCUAGGGGAUCCCUAGUGCCUCUCAGUACAGAACCAGUAGUUUAUAUUUCUUUUUCUAAAGCGCUUUACUUUGAAAGAUGCACAACCACUUUGUUUAGAAUGUAUUCCUCAAACCUCUGACAAAAUGCAGAAUCCUGUAUUACAUGUGUAAGCUAUCCCGAAUAGGCUUUGCUUUUAAUAAGGCCAUAACAGAUUUAACUAUUUAUUUUAGCAAAGGUCUGUUUAUAAUGGCCAGCUCGGAUGUCUCAUCUCACCUUUUUAUUAUUUUUUCUCGCCAUCUGACAAGGCCAGUAUACACAUCUUUUAGACUACUUUUUGCUAAGAUUAGGGUUUGGCUAGCUAUUUUCUGGUCUCCUACUUGCAUUAAGUGAGAAUGAACGGGUUUCAUGUUGACAUGAGUGUCUGAUAUGGAAUGCAGAGUGGACUGAGCUUUUUAGUUACUUGUUCAGGCUCCAGUAUUUGACUUCCUACAGCGCAUUUUAAAAUAAAAAUGAAUUAAAACAA